AUGGCAAUGCUCCUGCCGGGAAAUAUGCAAACAUUCGCGCUGAGCAGUAACACUUCAUGCACGGUUGAUGAGAAGAGAGGACGCCAACGAGAGGACGGAGAGGCGCCCCCUAGGUGCCCGCCGGGUGCGCAGCGCGUGAUUGACGCGGGUCCCUUCGGGCGCCGCCCGCGCCGCCAGGGUGGCAGAACACGGGAUCUUUUAACUGAAGUCACUACUCUGCCCUCAAAGCAUCCACAACCGAAGCAGGGCUGCCCCGCUACAGAGCUCUGGGUGAGACCGGAGGGCGGCGGCCACUGCGGGAGCCCCGGCCUUCCCGAGGCGCCGUCCACCUCAGCAGCCGAGGCCGCGCCGCCCGCCGGCGGUUGCCCGGAAACCAGCUGCUUCAGAGCGUCCGCGACGCACCGCGCAUCUCGCGGCGCCUCUGCAACCAGGGUGCGCGGGGUCUACCGAGCUGUUCCCCCGAAAGCGACUGGAUUCGCAGCGUACACGCGCCACAUUUCACUCCCUUUUCUAAAGGAAAGAGGCGAACAAAUGGAGCCUCCUACAACUGGUUCUCACUUUCAAAAAUCCCGGUUGUUUUAA